AUGCCGAGGAGGCGCAAGGGAAAGAAGAGCGAGGAGGAGGAGAGCGGAGCAGGAGGAGGAGGAGCCUUCAAGAAUGUCCUGGGAAGUUUCUUCGGAUCCAAGGGACCGGAACCCCAGGACGGAUCGGAGGAUGAGAAUGAGGAUGAUACCAAGGCGAAUCCUCCGACCGAGGCAGUGCAUCAAAUUGCAGAGCCGUUCGGAAAGAAAUCUGCCAUUGCACUGGCACAAGUAGAGGCGGAAGAGGACGAGGGUGGAGCACAGGAGGGUGUGAAGCUUGGAGGAGCAAACGAUGAUGAUGACGAUCGAAAGGAUGGCAACGAUGAUGGGGAGUUGAGGGAGAGCAUAAAUCCGGACGAAACGGACAUCGAAAGGACUAGCUCGAGCUCAAAGAAAGUUUCCUUCAGAGCGAAGGAUUCACUUGGGAGACUCACACAGAUUCAAGCUGAGGUGGAAGCAAAAGAAUGUGGAGAAAACACUGAGACUGAGUGUAGGAGCAUCAUCAGCAUCUUCGCUCGCCUCCCAUUUCCCGACAGCUCUCGCCUGAGCCACAGUUCCCUCGCACUAAUUCGCAAGACGGUUCAAGUCUCGAUCUUUUCGUCCUCCGCUCCUGGAGCCCUCCCUUCUCCUCCUGCUGUAUCUGCAUCUUGGAUCAGCACCAAGCAGGCGAUAGCGCUCGUCCAUCCCUUGCUCUUGCUCUCCUUCCUCCCAGUGAUUCUCUUCCACAUGUUCCUCCUUGACACGUGCCCCUAUCUCCCUUGUCUGUUGGUUUUCGUCGGCUUGCUCACAUGCGCACAGCGAUUGGACUUCUCGUCCUCCUUUCGCCUCGAUCCUAGAAGCAGGUCGACUACUUUCCCUUCCCCGUGCUCCGAUCUUGACGAGCGCUGGGGCACAGGGAUGAUCGAACUUUGUGCGCUGGACGAGGACGAGGACGAGGAGCUGAGGGGGAUGGAGGCGAAGGAUGAAGAUGGUCAGAUCCAAACGUUCCUCCUUGCACACAACACGUCAGAUCGCAAGAAAGCUCCUGAGGAGGCACUCAAGAUUCUUACAGUUGUGUCCAGUAGGAAGGCAAAGAUUUUAUCAGCAGGUCUCUCAAGGAUCAAUCGAAUCAAUCCGGAAGAUGUGACCAAAGCAUCGACUUGGCGCUCGGAAAAGAGCGACGAGACUCCUCGAACCAUCGGGACUCUCAACUCUCUCAUCAUGGCCGGGUUGUUCACGUGGGACGAGGAGGCGGAGGAGUGA